AUGUGGGACCCGCGACCCCUCCUGCUGCUGCUCUCGGGGGCCCUGGCCCUAACCCAGACCCGGGCGGGCCCCCACUCCCUGCGGUAUUUCGUCACCGCCGUGUCCCGGCCCGGCGGGGAGCCCCGCUACAUCUCCGUGGGCUACGUGGACGACAAGCAGUUCGUGCGCUUCGACAGGGACUCGGCGAGUCCGAGGAUGGAGCCGCGGGCGCCGUGGGCGGAGCAGGAGGGACCCGAGUACUGGGAGCGGGAGACGCAAGUCUCCAAGAAUAACGCACAGACUUACCGAGUGAACCUGAGCAACCUGCGCGGCUACUACAACCAGAGCGAGGCGGACUCUCACACCAUCCAGAGCAUGUCCGGCUGCGACGUGGGGUCCGACGGGCGCCUCCUGCGCGGGUACUGGCAAGACGCCUACGACGGCGCCGACUACAUCGCCCUGAACGAGGACCUGCGCUCCUGGACGGCGGCGGGGGGCACGCAGGCUUGGAGAACCCAGCGCAAGUGGGAGCAGGGGGGUGAGACUGAGUACCUCAGGAACUACCUGGAGAACAUUUGCGUGAAGUCCCUUCUCAGAUACCUGGAGAAUGGGAAGGAUACACUGCUGCGCGCAGAAGCCCCCAGAAGCCACAUCACCCACCACACCUUCUCUGACCGGGAGGUCACCCUGAGGUGCUGGGCCCUGGGCUUCUACCCUGCCGACAUCACCCUGACCUGGCAGCGUGAUGGGGAGGACCUGACCCAGGACACAGAGCUGGUGGAGACCAGGCCUUCAGGGGAUGGAACCUUCCAGAAGUGGGCAGCUGUGGUGGUGCCUUCUGGAGAGGAGCAGAGAUACACGUGCCGUGUGCAGCACCAGGGGCUGCCGGAGCCUGUCACCCUGAGAUGGGAACCCCCUUCUCAGCCCACCAUUCACAUUGUGGGCAUCAUUGUCGACCUGGCUCUCCUUGGGGCUGUGCUCACUGGGGCUGUGGUGGCAGCUGUGAUCAGCAGGAGGAAGUGCUCAGGUGAGGAAGGAGGACAGUACACUCAGGCUGCAAGUAAGUGUGGGCAGGGCUGGGACCCUGGAAUCCUGGGGACAGAGGCUGAGCCCAUGGGGACCUCCUGCACCCCUGAUUCCUCCUCAAGUCCCAUCCCCAGUGACUCUGACCUUGGCCUGUUUGUUCCACCCCAGGCAGUGACAGUUCCCAGAGCUCUGAUGAGUCUCUCAUGAACACUUGAGGUGAGGGUGUGGGCAGAGGGGACAGGACUGGUUUGGUGCUUUAUUAAGUUAUUGGGAGUUUGCUCAGGAUGUCACCACUUCUGUGACUCACCUGAAUCUCUUCAUUCUUUUCUCUCACUGUGUGAGAUUGCUGCCCUGCUCAGUUUCUUCACAUCCCAAUGUUGUGACUCAAGAACUGAUGAUUCUCAGGGACUCUCCUUCACUGCUGGUAGGAAUGCCGACUGGUUCAGCCCUUUUGGAAAACAGUAUGGAACCUUCUCAAAAAUCUAGAAAUUGACUCCCAUUUGAUCCAGCAAUAUCACUUCUGGGAAUAUAUCCCGGAGAUGCAAAAAAUUACAGUAGAAAUGACAUCUACAGUUAUGUGUUCAUUACAGCACUGUUUACAAUAUCCAGAAUCUGAAAAAUACCUGAGUGCCCAAGAACAGAUAACUGGUUAAAGAAACUUUGGUACAUCUAUAUAACGUAAUACUAUGCAGCUAUUAGAAAAGAUGUCACUGUCACUGUCAUCCUGUUUCUCAUCGAUUUGCUUGAGCGGGCAACAGUAACGUAUCCAUCGUGAGACUUGUUACUGUUUUUGGCAUAUUGGAUAUGCCACAGGUAGCUUGCCAGGCUCUCCGAGAGGGGUGGAGGAAUAGUACCCAGGUCAGCUGCAUGCAAGGCCCUGCCACUGUGCUAUCGCUCCAGCCCUAGAAAGGAUGAAGUCAUGAAAUUUGCAUAUAGGUGGAUCAACAUGGAUAGUAUCAUGUUAAGUGAAAUGUGUCAGAAAGAGAGGGACAUACAUAGAAAUAUUGCACUCAUUUGUAGAAUACAAAGUUACAGAUUGGGAGACUAACACCCAAGACCAGUAGAGAUAAGUACCGGGAGGAUUACUCCACAGCUUAGAAGCUGUCCUCACAUGCUGGGGCAAAAGGCAGUACAGAUAGAGAAGGGACCACCAAGUAAAGUUUUCGAGGAGGGCCUGUGUUAGGAUGGGACAUGUGGGCUGAAAGAAGACUAUAGACUGAAUUUAAUGGCCACUUAAUACCUCUACUGCAAACACAACACUCAAAAGGAGAGAGAUCAAAAGGGAAUGCCCUGCCACAGAGGCGGGGUGGGGGGGGAUGGUUUGGGGGUG